AAGUCACCUCUCUCCACCUGGGCAAAAUCAAUGACACACCUGCAGCUGAUUCAGGACUCUUGUCCACAUGUUCAAUACAAAUUAAAACAAAGCACAGGUUGGAGCGUUUUUCAUUCAAAACCAUACCUAUCCCAAGAAACCCUUUGAGGAAAGUAAAAGGGGUCCCCUGUCUCAAUGGAGAGCGGUGCCAGGCUUUAAUAUUCUGGUGCACAUCUACUAGUGGGAGCCUGACAGAACAUCAGAGUACCACCAGUACAAGCUGGUAGUUCAGCCAAGUCAAAGCCACGAUGAUGUACUGAAAUCAAAGCUCAACAGGAGAACAAGCAUCAAGCUCCGCCCUGGAGAAAGCCCGGACCGCCCUGAGUCUCCCAGCCGGGAGACGGAUAACAGAAGCGCAAUUGAAAUGGUGACGGGGGGCUGCGCGGUGACUCUAGGAUUUCUCCCUUCAUCUUCCGUCUCCUUAUGUCAGUCAGUGGCUCCGAAUCAGGUGGAGCAUCACGUCGUGUUUCGGCUGGGAAACCUCCUCGUCUGUAGCUGGAUGGACAAGACGAACGACUUAAGAAGGAAGUUAUUCUUCCUCUUCAUUGUGACCUUCAUCUGCAUCUGCUUUAUCACUGUGAGAACACCAUGGACGUACAGUUCGACCCCAAGCCCACGUGGGCCUCCGAAAACUUGCCCCUUUCUGAUCUCAGAGGAGACCAUCACCCCCCUCAACAACACCAGGCAUUUACUAGUAUCAGCCUACAUGGACCACAGAGUGAAUGGCCUGGAUAUACGUAUUAUUGGCAUAUUUAGGAGAGACUCCAUCCAGCCCCUUUACUGUCGUUUUUGCUGUGCAGGUUACUUAUCAAGUACAACAACUCCAGCGACCAUUUUACAACACUCAGACAACUUUGGAUUUCCCUUCGUCACCACAGAUGUCAUGUGUCAGAUUCCUCAAAAAUGCAGCGCUACACAUGUUACGCUACAGACUCAGCCAGAGAGCUUUAUUGUACCUAACCAGAUUUGGCUCCCCUUAAGAAACAAAAAGACUGACGGGGGGGAGGAGGAGAAAAAGUUUGACUUCACAGUCUGCAUCUCAAACCUGUUUGGAGACUACAACAAUGUUCUUCAGUUUGCACAGAGCCUGGAGAUGUACAGGUUGCUGGGCGUGGACAGAGUGGUGAUCUAUAACACCAGCUGUGGCCCAGAGCUCGACCGCUUGUUGCAUGGCUAUAGCCAGGAGGGUUUCGUGGAGAUGGUUCCCUGGCCCAUCGACCAGCACCUGAAGCCGUCUCCAGGCUGGCUCUUCUCCGAGCACGGAGGCGACUUGCACUACUAUGGCCAGCUGACCACGCUUAAUGAGUGCAUUUACAGAUCCAUGGAGCGCUCACGCUACGUCCUGCUGAACGACAUAGAUGAGAUUAUAAUGCCGUACCAACACAACGACCUGAAGGCUCUAAUGAAAACACUCCAAGAGCAGCAUCCAAAGACGGGUGUGUUCCAAAUCGAGAACCAUAUCUUUCCCAAGAAACACUUUGACCCAACUGGGAGGUUUCGCCUGCCUCAGUGGAGAAACGUGCCAGGAGUCAAUAUUCUGGAGCACAUUUACAGGGAGAACCCUAAGAGAAACAUAUACCACCCGUACAAGAUGAUAGUUCAGCCAAGGAUGGUGGAGCAGACUUCAGUGCAUGAGCUGCUCAAGACUUUUGGACCAGUUUACAGGGUUCCGCUAGAAGUUUGCCGGAUCAUUCACGUCCGCGUGGCUCUGCAGGGGGCGUUAAAGCAGGAGGAGCUCAAUGUUGAUAAACGGCUGUGGGACUUCUACGACAAAAUGAUUCCCAAUGUGGACAAAGCCCUGAGGAGAGCGGGACUGCUGAGCGAAGAGCCACAGAACUGGACAUACGCUCAGAGGAACACUAGUGCAGCUUAGCAACUGCCACACAUAGUAGUGGUGCUGCUGCUGUGAGCCACACUGAACAGAAUGCUGCUCUGCUAUCAAGAAUACUAAAUGCACAAGCCAUUACUUACAUAAUAAUGUGAAGUAAUUACCAAGAAAGCCAUCAACCUGCCCAGGGACUGCAGAUGAAAAUUAGCCUGUAUGGCUAAUGCACAUUUAACUGACUCAAGUGCCCAUGGUAAUUCAUGUGCAUCAUCCUUUU